AGACAGCAACGACUGUCAGUAGGUGACACGGAGCAAAUCAACAAUGACGUGUUAAUAGAAAAUUUUAUAAAAAAAUGUACAAACAUUUAGCAAUACUUUGGAAUAAAAUAAACCACUGGUCGAACGAGAAUAGGGACGCUUGAGCCAUGGACCAUUACCUGACUACGUAUAGGAAGGACUAUCUGUGGCCCAACUUGCCGAGGGCGGGGCCUGGAGGGGGUCAUGGGGGGCCUGGCGGUGGAGGGGAGGCCGCUAAGAUGUCUGAUCAAGAGCUGGCCUUCUUCCGAGCAUGUAUGCAGCACAGCAGACCACCAGACUGUCGAUGCCCUCAGUACAGUGGUGGAGAGAUGCCGCAGCUACCACCAGGGAAGGAAGGAGGCUGGAGUCGCAAUGAGAUAAUGGGCCCCCUUCUAGACCCGAAACUGUACCCAGUCAAAGUGGCAGCCGCUCCAGAAACUGAUUUGUGUGAUAAGUUGAUAUUUCUACAAUCCAAGUACCCGAUGCUGUACAGCAUUCUGCAAAACGAGGCGUCACCGGAGCUGAAGCAGCGAAUAGACCGAGACAGGAACAAGACGACAUACCAGGUCGACUACUGCGAAUCCGGUCCAGGUGCCAAAUUCGAAGGUCUCCAACGAGCAGCAGACGAGAGCGGCACUGGACCUUGCGCUCAACCAAUGAGGUUACCUGGAGACCCGUGCCGUGUCGCACCCAAACAGAGAAUGACCACAGCCAAGACAAUAUCGAAACAAGGUGGCGGUGGCGCUAGCGACCCUCGUGCCAAAUGCGAGACAACAUCGGCCGUACCGCCGCUGGGCAAGACGGAAUACCAGGACGGCGUCUCGAAGCUCGGAGCCAUCAUCAUGAGAGACAAGCUACACAGGAAAUAACAAAAUAAUCUGAAAUAAAUCAUCGUCAUUGUUA